AUGGAAGAUGAUUAUGUGGAAGAGGAGAAGCCGCAAGCGACGGUCAAGAUAGGUUCUAGUCGCAAGCACAAAGACAGGGCCGGUGUGCCAACUUCCUUGCAAAGGGCUGAGCCUCGAUUCGAUUCCAAUGCAGGCCGUGAGGUAUCUUCCUUAAGAGUAGGACGUACACGGAUUGCUCGGUUCUCCGCUAUAUAUGAUGAAGAUGAAGAGGACAGUCAGACGGAAGAAGCGAGGAUCGCAGAGCAGAACAUGUUGGAAGAGGCGGCUAAGAAAGCACCAGUCUUCGAGAUCCCUGCUGGGUUUACCUUCGCCAAAGAUAUACCACCAGUGAAGCUGAACUCAGUUAACGUACCGACCAGCACGCUGCCCUUCUCGAUCGCAAGGUCUACAACACCAGCAGUUUCA